CCGUCCGGUUUAACUUGACAGCAGCCACAAACGGGGGCAGAAGGCUCUGCCGGAACUCUGCAGCCGCAUCGGCUCUCACAAUUUCAACAUCGGGGUUCGGUCCACCAUGGCGGCUUACGGAUGGAAAUACUGAUGACAGUCCGAAAGAUCGCCUCGAUUUGUACGAUGGGCGCCAAUGCCUCUGCCUUGGAAAAGGAGAUUGGACCGGAACAGUUUCCCGUUAAUGAACACUACUUUGGAUUGGUCAACUUUGGCAACACCUGCUACUGUAACUCAGUGCUGCAGGCUCUGUAUUUCUGUCGACCGUUCAGGGAGAAGGUGUUGGCGUACAAGGUGCAGCCGCGUCGUAAGGAGUCCCUCCUCACCUGUCUGGCCGACCUGUUCAACAGCAUCGCCACGCAGAAGAAGAAGGUCGGCGUCAUCCCUCCCAAGAAAUUCAUCUCACGGCUGAGAAAAGAAAAUGAGCUGUUUGACAACUACAUGCAGCAGGACGCCCACGAAUUCCUCAACUACCUCCUCAACACCAUCGCAGACCUGCUCCAGGAGGAGAAGAGCCAGGAGCGACAGCAGAAUGGAAAACUGGUGCAGAACGGGGGAGGAGGAGGAGGAGGAGGAGGAGGAGGAAGCGCAGGAGGAGGGGGAGGAAGCGAGGGAGGAGGAGAGGGCGAAGGAGGGAAGGAGACGCAACAGACCUGGGUCCACGAGAUCUUCCAGGGAACACUGACCAACGAGACGCGCUGCCUCAACUGUGAAGCUGUGAGCAGUAAAGACGAGGACUUCCUGGAUCUGUCGGUGGACGUGGAGCAGAACACCUCCAUCACACACUGUCUUAGGGGCUUCAGCAACACAGAGACAUUAUGUAGUGAAUACAAGUACUACUGUGAGCAGUGUCGCAGCAAACAGGAAGCCCAGAAACGGAUGAGGGUAAAGAAGCUACCGAUGAUCCUCGCCCUCCACCUGAAGCGCUUUAAAUACAUGGACCAGCUCCACCGCUACACCAAACUGUCCUAUCGCGUCGUCUUCCCCCUGGAGCUCCGCCUCUUCAACACGUCCGGGGACGCCACCAACCCCGACCGCAUGUACGACCUGGUGGCUGUUGUUGUACACUGUGGCAGUGGUCCCAACCGCGGACACUACAUCACCAUCGUCAAGAGCCACGGCUUCUGGCUGCUGUUUGAUGACGACAUCGUAGAGAAAAUUGACGCGCAGGCGAUCGAGGAGUUCUACGGUUUGACGUCAGACAUUUCCAAGAACUCUGAGUCGGGAUACAUCCUGUUCUACCAGUCCAGAGACUGAACCAGCCAGCAGUAAAUCCCCAACAGACUGUCACUCAACAGAGGGGGAGGGGCUCAUGGCUGCCACCGACUCCGCCCAGUACGCUCACAUAAGUAUCCAGGCUUUAUUCCCGGCAGGCGGAGCUUUGCACUGGAGCGCCACUCGGAUUGGUUGAGACGUGUGCAGGUCGCAUGCCAGCCUCCUGGAUUACGUCCGUUGGAAAAAAAGCAAAAAAAAAAAAAAAAAAUCCUCUGAGCCCACACUGCAACAAGCACCUUGCAAAACAAAGAUGGCCGAUUUCUGUAACGCUCGCUUUGCACUGUGGCAUCAGCUGGUGAAGACUGAGUAACGCCGCCAAUCCAAGAGGCUGACAUCGCCGUGUGCACAGCGGUCCAUUCUGGAGGUUAAAGCAGUCUGGGACUGUCGUGAUGAUGCAGAGUGACCAAUCAGCUGUAUCGGAUCAGACACAUAAGUAACUCGUGCUGGAGGAUGCCCAUCCUCCUCGUUGUGGUUACCACCGGUGUCAUCACAGUCUUCUCUAGCGUUUUUUUUUUUUUUUGUGUGUGUGUGUGUGUGCAUAUUACACCGUGCUAAAUUAGCUUUCCACAGUGACUGUAAAGCUUUCCUUAGCUUUACGCUAACACAUAACGUUCACCUCAAACAAAAACCUCCCCAGCAGAUCGUUCUCUGGAGACAGAAAGGUCGACUAAUGCAGCGUUGUUAGACGUCACAACAAAACCACCGACACUACCUUUAGCGAAUAGGUUGAGCGUGUACUCUGAGCACAGCACGGUGGCACGGUCGCUAGUUUGCAGUGUUUGUGUCAUGACGUGGUGCUAAUAACAUACAGUAUAGUGUUAAAGGCAGAAAGUGAAGUGACAAGCAGCCACAGGAGAGGUGUUGAAGCAGCCGAUAAAUUUGUCUUUGACAGAAAAGGAGGCUCAUUAUUUCCAUUUUUUACUUAAAACAAAAAGCAAUGGGAAUUUCUUUAUUUUUAAUAAUGAGAAACAAGUAAAAAUCUGACCAAUACAAAGUUGGCAGCAUCUGUAAUUUAACCAUUUACUGUUAUAUAAAAUAUUUAAAGGUUUUAUCAGGAGCUCAUUUGAGGUUUUGAGUAGAAAUCCGUGAACUCCAAAUAUCAAGGGUGGUAAAAACCUAAAAUAAUGAGCCUUAUAGAUCCCUGACAAUCCUGGUUUUAGCUUAAAAAAAUAGUUUGCUGAGCAGUGAAAGUGGCUGGCGAGAGUUUUAGUUUUCAGGUUGCUGGUGUGUUGUGCCAUUAUGGGUCAUGUUUGGUGCCACAGCGGGAGCGAAUUUAAAACGAAGAGCGGACGGGUGUUUCAACAACAUAAGCUAGGUUUUCUUUAAGCGAGCUUUUUGUGGUUUUGACAAGCACAGUCUCCUUCGCCGUUUGCUUUAAAGGUUUGUGUUGUUUAACUUUUUUUUACUGCCACAAUAUGCACAUUCGUAUCAUUCUUAAAGGGACACGCAAAGAGACGAACACGUUUUCCUUCCUUUAAGUCAGUUCUGACAUUGAAACUGUCACACUACAUAAAACCUAUCUGAAUGUUUAUGUUCAGUGUGUCUUGUCCUUAAGUUCUUUUUUAAAAUUUAUUUAUGACAGCAAACACAGACACACACACACACACACAUACCUUGCUGCAGCUGGUACAGUACGCCUCAUCAUAUCAGCCACCAAUCACACGCUGGCAAAUUUCAACUCUGGCUUAAGUGUUUCUCCUGCAGCUGCAGCUCUGGCAGGCACUCAGAAACUUUUACAUAACAUGUUUUUCACUCCAGAGUCUUGAAUCGGAGCCCUCAGCGACGAUGACAUGGUAUAUUUAACGCAGUAAGACAGUCUCUGUGUUUGUCUCAGCAGUUUAAAAUGGCUUCCUCUCCUCAGCAUCUCUUAAAAUCGAAUUUAGCGUUUAAGAGUUCAGGAUGGGAACAACUUCUGAUUCAAUGCUGACUCAUCCUGUUAGUGGCAAUAUUAAAGGGUUAUGUCACUCAAAUAUUGAACUGUAAGGCAUCUCUAAACCAUUUUCUGUUCACAUUACAUUGGAUCAUUCAGAAAAUUAGAGCUAAAGCUAAAGGAAGUGAGCUGAUUUGUUGAUAGAAAAAUGAAAUGAUAAGAGGCAAAUAAUUGAUUUAAGUAAAAAUGCAGUUUGCUUUUGGCCUAUUGACAGUUUGGAGAUUAAAUAAUGAAUCAGUUCAUUUAAAAAAAUGUAUUAAAAUAACACGUGGCAAAACCUUUUCCAGUAUUUAUGAAGGAAUAAGGUGAUCAAUUAUAUUUGUUCCUUGAGGUCUUUCACAAGAUGAUGAUACCUAAGUUGACAGUCAGUAUUACCAGACUUCAACCAGUCUCCAAUACAGCUUUCAUUAUCAGUCUCUUUCCCCAAGGUGACGUCCUCAAAUCUAAAACCCCCAAAUUAUUCACUUCACAAUAAUACAAAACAGAGAAAAGCAACAAAUCCUAAAAUCAGAGAGGCUCAACAAACAACUUAAAUGAUUAUUCAAUUACUAAUAAUUAUUAGCUCAAGCUAAUUAUUGUCAAUUAUUUUAUUAUUAAUCUUAGAAAUAGGUUUUAAUUGUGCUGAAGUGAAGAGAAACAGGAGCCAUUUUAAACCUUUCACUUCCUAACUUGAGCCUGCUGAUCUGCAACAGCCUCCUUUCUCACCUGAUUUUGUUUAACGCACAAACAAACCAAAUGUAGGUUGUUUUUUUUUUUGGUUUAGUCUUGUUUUUUUUUUAAGUAUGUUUUACACUGCCAAGCUCACGAGGCUCCACCCGACCUGGCUGUCUCAGAUGUUAACAAACAAGCUCACCCUGUCACUCCUUGGUAACGGAGCUGCAGCAGAUGGAAAGUGAAUGGAAACGCGCUCUCUGUAGCCUUUAAGGUGUUUAUAUUCUACAGUAGUUGAGUGGCCUGGGCAGUGGGUCAAGUAUUAUCUGAAUGUUUAAAUGUACAGUAAAAUAAAAAUAGGGCUGCUGCUUGACUCUGUAAAACACAAUUUGGAUUUGGGCGCGUCUCAAUACUCUCAAGUCGCUCUCUCUCCUUCUAAGACAAGAAUUUUCAGUAACAUAAUUUUGCAGCUACAUCCAGCCUCAAAAUCUGUCUUCACCUAAAUGCAACAGUUAAAAAUCUGCUCAUUAUAACCACAAAAGCACGUGGUUGAGUUCUUGAAUGUCUCAUUUGGCUCAUAGUUUUCAGAACGCUGCAAAUGAUAGAAGAAGAGGAGGCGACUCAAAACGACGCGUACCAAUCACUUCACUUGAUUCACUGGGUCGAGGCUUCGAAGUCAACACUAUUUCCUUUUCCCGUCCGUGCUGCUCUUAAACUCAACUAAUCUACGUGAAAAGAUGACGUCAGGAGAUGUUGUUUUUUUUUAGGGUUGAUCCACUUUGUUUCCAUCAGUUCUACAGUUUUGCAAAGUCAGAAAAGUUUUAUGACUGCGAAUGAUUUGAAAAGCAGGUUCAUAUCCAGAAACCAGCAGAAUCAGUGGACUCAUUGAACUGUCGCUUUCAUGUGUACCAAAUGAUGUGUUUAUAUUUUAAGCCUCUUAAGGAUAAAUUCCAUUUAACUCAUCAACAAAAACAAGCACAAAAAGGCAUCGCUUGGCAGAUGGAAGUCCACAGAUUGAGUCUGGAGCUGGUUAUGAAUCUGUCAGUUCUUUGAAGUCAUUGACGUCCAGAAUUGUAACGUGUUGGUUUUUUGGCUGGACAAAGCUUUGGAAACCCAAACAAGGCUCUUUUUUUAUUUAAAUACUAUUAAUAUUAUUAUUAUGAAUGUUUAUGUUAACUUCUUUUUCUUAGAUGUUUCUUGUUUUUGAUAUAUUUUACUAAUUUUAAUAGUCUACCAUUCUUGUGUAGGCAGCUCUGGAUAUUUUGAGGAUUUAUUUUGGUUUCAUUUCUGGGAGUAUGUGAUGAGAGAUGUUGAUGUGUACAUAAAUACAGAUGUUAUUAUUGGAAUAUAUUGCUUGCUUGAAAUAAUGAGCAGAUCUAGAUUAUAAAAAAGAAAAAGUUAGUGGAGGUUAACGACUCUUAUUCUGGUAGUGAAUCGAUAUGCCUGGUGCUUAAAAAGUAACAAACCCCACCCGUCUGGGAUCACAGGCAGCCUAAACCAAACAGCCCCAAAUAAAUGAGCUUAUAUGAUUGAUGAUUUUAAAGAAGACUAGAAGGUCUCCUGUAAGAAACUGACCAAAAACUGUCACGUGUAUCACUAUGUUAAAGGAAAAAUCCACAUUAAAAACCAACUGUGUUUUUCUUUUUGUCUCUCAACACCGAGUUUACUUUCACAAAAAUGGACGUCUACAGAUGGAUUUCUCCUUUAACGCCUUAAGUUUUUCUGCCCCUUCUGGGCUCUGGUCGUCCACAUCACUCCCCUCCUUUAAAGACUCACCAAGAAUGUAAAUGUUUUGAACUUGUGUGUGACGAGCGAGAAGUGACUCAAUGUGUCAUUAACACUCCGACAUUGUGUGUUGCGACUAGUGUGCGACGUUACAGCAGCUUCACAGACACAAACAACCAGAAUACUUAUUUAUAUCAAACUGAACUGAGGAACUAAAUGGUGUUAUUGAAGUGAAACUAAAUGUGGUAAAAAAUAUCAAGCUGGCUCAGCCUUUUCUGAAAUAUCCGUUCUUGUUUUGGCUCCGUCCUCAGACACAGAAGGGUUUUUGUGGCGGACCUUUAACCGGCCAUAAAUUUAUCGGAAACAGCAGAGUCUGAGGCUUCUUCAUUUUAGCUACAAACACAUCCAAACGACAAAAGAGUUGAAUCCGUCUCCUCCUGUUUUGUUCGUAUUUGUGAGGCUGCGGCUGCUGCACAUUGUGUACUGCUGUCUGAAGUUCAUUCUGAAUACAUGUAGAUGCAGUGAAGUUUUGGAAUGACGGCUGGUUCUGAUGGUGUCCAAACUAUUUGAAAUAAAAACACAAACUGGUUUUGAAGAUGGAAUUA